UGAUGUGAUUUUGACAGCUUUAUUUGUCAUCAUUUCAUGACUGAAAUGCAGUCUAACAUGAACUCUCUCUGUUAAGCAGUGCAAGUCUGCAUUCCUGUACAGGAACCUUACAUAAUGUUUUUUUUUAGUUUCAUAUGCCAUUUCUUAUAUAUUUUUUACUAAAACCAUAACCUGCUUGGAGCAUUUAAUACAUAUAUGUAUGUAUUAUAUACAUAUAUAUAUAUGUAAUACAUAUAUAUAAUAUAUACACACACUGAUCAGGCAUAACAUUAUAAGCAGUGACAGGUAAAGUGUCAAUAACACUGAUUAUCUCCUCAUCAUGGCACCUGUUAGUGGGUGGAAUAUAUUAGGCAACAAGGGAACAUUUUGUCCUCAAAGUUGAUGUGUUAGAAGCAGGAAAAAUGGGCAAGUGUAAGGAUUUGAGUGAGUUUGACAAGGUCCAAAUUGUGAUGGCUAGACGACAGGAUCAGAACAUCUACAAAACUGCAGCUCUUGUGGGGUGUUCCCGGUCUACAGUGGUCCAAAGAAAGAACAGUGGUGAACCGGUGACAGGGUCAUGGGCGGCCAAGGCUCAUUGUUGCAUUUGGGAAGAGAAGGCUGGACCGUGUGAUCCGAUCCAACAGACGAGCUGCUGUUGCUCAAAUUGCUGAAGACGUUAAUGCUGGUUUUAGGUGUUAGAAUACGCAUUGGAUGACGGGUCAGGGCUGUUUUAGCAGCAAAAGGGGGACCAACACAAUAUUAGGCGGGUGGUCAUAAUGUUAUGCCUGGUCUGUGUAUAUUAUCAGCUUCAUAAAUGGAUAGAUGGAUGAAUUAGAGGAACAUUUAAAAUCAGUCUAUACAAUUAGGAGCUGUAAAAUACUUUAAAACUGCUAAAGACCAUCUAACAAGCGACUCAGCCUGUGUUUUCAUAGUCAGUCAGUCAGAGCUGUAUUUUUCAGUAGGAAACUCCUGACCAGUAGGGGGCACUAGUGUGUUGAUUUGUGCAUACUGUGUGAAGGGCGCUCACGAAUGGCUUUGGUGUAACGUAAUGGAUCAUAAGUAUACAAAAUUUAGUGUGGAUAAAGUCCUCCUUUGGGUGAAAGUCCAAAAUUAAAAACAAUUAUAUUUAAUGUGCUUGGCUCUAAAUCCUAACCUCAGUGACCACACUGUUUCAGAUCCCCUCUGUACCUACACUGGCCCGCCCACCUGGGUUGCCAGAUGAAGUAGUUUUUAAAAAACUACAGAAGGUUUUGUUCAUCCCUAAUACUGAAACUCCUCGACUCUAAUGUAUUACAGUCUAUUUCAUUCAUGUCAUUUCUGACACUAGAUUUGAAUUUCUUUAGCUUUAAAUGGAUAAACAACAAAUUUGGUGGUUAUGGACAUUCUUUUAUCUGAUGAUAAAAAAAAAAAGCUGCUGACACUUUUUUCAUAAAGGAUCUAUAUAGUGAAUGCCUAUAAUAUUUAUUUUUUAUUCAAGUCAAAUAUACCUGGGCCAUGUGAACACAAAGUCAAAAUAGUCAAUUCUACUGCAUGAAGAAAAAGAAACUAGGUCAACUGUAUUUUUGUAAAUUUGUGUUUUUUGGAGAUCACUAAUAGUAGGGAAUGACGAGAAGAGGGAAUGAUGAAGGGCAGGGGGCUGGCUCGAGGGCAAUUUGUAGGCAAAAACUUAAAUGAGAAGUACCAUUGGGUGCUUAAUGACAAAGUCCCGAUACAUACCCUAGUCCUGCAGCUGGUGCCCUACAUUCUCAGGGCUCAGGACCUCCUUGUUAUCAUACCUCAAAUUCAUUGCCACUGUACUGGACAGAGAGAACAGUGAGCUCUUCUUAUGAUAUUUUCUCAUUCAGAAAUACAGCAAAGGUUUUUGAUGAAGGCAAUACUGCUUAAUAAAAGUUCUCAUUUUCCACAUGCUAAGGCUGAGAUAUAUAGAUUAUAGAUCUGCUUGAUGGCUAUUUCCCAAGCAGAUGCCUUAACAUGGGAAAACAUGCCUGUGCUGGAAUUCCCAUCCAACUUGUCAUUUUUCAGCUUCUCUUUAGUGCCAUGUGUGAUUUCUAAAUGUAUGCAACCGGCUUUGUCCUCAAAAUACAUGGUGAAUUUAGACAAGGCCCCCUUACACCAAAACAUUUCAAAGAUGUCAGAUCAGUCUGAGGCAGAUAUUAUUGCACUUGUCAGUCAGAUCCAAACAAUGUGUGUGUGUGAAAAAACUUAAAAAACUCCUUUUUAAUUUUUUAUUCUAUUCUAUUCUCCAUCCAUCUUCUAUACCCGCUUUAUUCCUAAUUAGGGUCACGGGAUCUGCUGGAGCCUAUCCCAGCACACACUGGGUGAAAGGCAGGGGUACACCCUGGACAGGUCACCAGUCCAUCACAGAAUAUUAUAUAUUAUAUUAUAUGAUUAUUUUUGCAGUUUUUAAAACACCACAUGCUUAUAUAUUUUUACACUCAUUAUAGUUUCUUGGUAAUCUUUUAUUCUGUCAUACACUAUAUUGCCAAAAGUUUUGGGACACCCCUCCAAAUCAUUGAAUUCAGGUGUUUGACCAUUCUUCUAGAAGCACAUUUGUGAGGUCAGGCACUAAUGUCUUGCUCACAGUCUCCUCUCUAAUUCAUCCCAAAGGUGUUCUAUCAGGUUGAGGUCAGGACUCUGUGCAGGCCAGUCAAGUUCCUCCACACCAAACUCACUCAUCCAUGUCUUUAUGGACCUUGCUUUGUGCACUGGUGCACAGUCAUGUUGGAACAGGAAGGUGUCAACCCCAAACUGUUCAAAAGUUGGGAGCAUGGAAUUGUCCAAAAUGUCUUGGUAUGCUGAAGCAAUAAGACUUCCUUUCACUGGAACUAAGAGCCCAACAUCUGAAAAACAACACGUUUUCGAGCGGCGUCCCAAAACUUUUGUCAGUAUUGGAGUUAUUUCCAAAGAAUUGAAAUAUGGAUUUGUGAGUACAAUCUGGCAACCCUGCCUUAUGUGAUGUAGUGGUUGGACGCUGCUCUCUGUGCAGGUGUCAACAUCAAACACACACACACACACACACACAGCUAACAUCUGCCACAGGUCGCCACAUCUGCUUUUCUUUAGCUGAAGGCAAAAAAGAAGAACUUACAAUAUGCUCAGACGAAUCUUACAGAUGACUCCUGGAAAGGGAGGCUCCCAGGCACCUGAUUCUGAUCAGCCGUCUGCUGAAAUAAAUAAUGAGACUUCAGAGGGCUUCAUUUGCCCACAGUGUAUGAAGUCUCAUAACUCUGCCGAAGAGCUUUUCAAGCAUUAUGAAGUUUUCCACGAGUCUCAGGAGCAGCCGUCUCAUCUCAGCACCGGGAGGGAGGACUUGUCUCUUUUGCGACAGGAAGUACAGGAUUUGCAAGCAUCACUGAAGGAAGAACGAUGGUUUUCAGGAGAACUGAAAAAAGAGCUAGACAAAGUGCAAGGACAACUGAAGCAAGGACCUCAGAAUGACGGUCAGGUAGGCUUAGAGGAAUCAGAGCUGGAGAUGAAACUCCAUGAGGCUGAGACCGAAAAGUUCAACAUCAAACAGAUGAAAGACCUGUUUGAACAGAAGGCAGCGCAGCUGGCCACUGAGAUUGUAGAUAUCAAGUCCCGCUAUGAUGAGGAGAAGAGCCUGAGAGAGGUGGCUGAGCAGAAAGUAACAAGCCUGCAACAGGACCUGCAGAGAGAGAGACAGGAAAAAGACAAACUACAGACAGAACUGCUGCAGAGACCCGGAGUGGAGGAUGUGGAGGUGUUGAAGAGGGAGCUGGUGCAGGUACAGACGCUGAUGGACAAUAUGACUCGUGAAAGGGAGGAGGAAUCCGCACACCUCAAAAACGAGUAUGAACAGUUGCAGAGGAAUUUCACUACCUCAGAGAAAACCAUCUCCAAACUGAAGGCCGAACUAGAGAAAGGUCCCCAGGAAGCUGCUGUGUACACACAACAGAUCCACCAACUACAGAGCAACCUGGACAACCUCCAGCAACAGAGCCAGAUGCUUUCAUCAAAGCUGACACAACGGGAGAAGGAGAACCAAGAGCUGGACAAUCGUCUGGGCCAGGAGCAAGUGUCCAAGAAGAAUCUGCAGUCCAGCCUGCAUCAAAGGGAGUUGGAGCUGCAGGAGAGCCAAGCACGUGCAUCAGCAGCAGAGGCCUCCCUCAAUCGGGCCCAGACCGAGUUAACUGAGAACAGGGAAGAGAUGGGACGCCUCAGAAAGGAGCUGGCUGAGCUUGAGAAGAGCCACCAGGAUCUGAAAGCUGAGCGUAAGCAACUCCAGCAACAGAAGGAGGACCGUGAGAGCCAAGGCCUGCAGCAGCAGAGUGAGAUCAGCCAGCUGCAUGGGAAGCUGCUGGAGACAGAACGGCAGCUGGGUGAGGUGCAGGGCCGCCUGAAGGAGCAGAGACAGCUCGCAGGAGAGAAACUCAAAGACCGUGAGCAGCAGGUUGCUGACUACCAGCUCAAAGUUUCCAGAUUAGAAGAACAGCUGAAAGAGAGUAAUACCAAGUCCACUGACCUACAGCAUCAACUGGACAAAUCCAAACAGCAACAUCAAGAGUUGCAAGCUCUUCAGCAGAGCACCAACGGCAAACUACGUGAAGCACAGAAUGAUUUGGAGCAAGUGCUGCGUCAGAUCGGCGAUAAGGACCAGAAGAUCCAGAAUCUGGAGGCCCUGCUACAAAAAAGCAAAGCCAGCCUGAGUCAGCUAGAAGCUGAAAGAGAAGACCUGUGUGCCAAGAUCCAGGCAGGAGAGGGAGAAGCUGCUUUACUGAACCAACUUCAGGAAAAGAACCACGCACUGCAGGAACAGAUAAGUCAGCUAACUGAAAAACUGAAGAACCAGUCAGAGAGUCAUAAACAAGCCCAAGAGAACCUCCAUGAGCAGCUACAAGAGCAGAAGAGCCAGCUGCGCUCAGCACAGGACCGCUGCCAGUCCUUGGAAAGUAAUGUAACAGAUCUCAGUGCCCAGCUCACCCAGAACAAGGAGAGACUUGCCCAACUUGACACCCAGCUAAAGGCUAAGACGGAGAUGCUGCUGUCAGCUGAAGCAGCAAAAACCGCCCAGAGAGCAGAUCUAGAGAGCCAUCUAGAAACAGCCCAGCAUGCAUUGCAAGACAAGCAACAGGAGGUGAGCAAGGCUCAGGCUCAGCUAGACGAACAGGGCCUUCGGCUGCAGGAGAAGCAGGAACAGUGCUUACAGCUGGAGGCCAGUCUGAAAGAGAUCAGAGAGAAGCUGCUGGCAGCAGAGCAGAAGAUUGACACCCUGGAGAGCCAAGCUAAGAAAGCAGAAGCUGAGUUAGCAGAGCUGCGCUCAGGAAGGGAACAAGCACAGAAGGCACAGCAAACACAGCAGCAGCAAAUUAGUGAGCUGGAGAAGAGGAAUAAGGAGCUCAUUCACCAACUGGACACUGAAAAAGAAGGUGCUAUAGCUGUGCAGGAGGAGCUGCAGAAGAAGAGCUCAGCUUUGGGAGAUGCUCAGAAGCAUGUGGAGAAGUUGGAACAGGAGCAGAGUGACAUUAAGAAGAGGUUGGAGCAACUCGCUGAGGAAGGACGCAUGCAAAAGGCAGAACUGGAGAAGAAGCUCCAGGGGAUGAGCACAGAGCAUCAGAAAACCCAGCAGGAGAGAGACACACAGGCUAAAGAGCUGCAGAAGGUCAAAGAGGCUCUUAGCCAGACUUCCAAAGCCCUGAAGGAGAAUCAGACCCAGAUGGAGAAAGAGAAAAAGAGCAGUACAGCAGCCCUGGAAGAGAAGGAGAAUGCUCAUCAGAAGGCCCAUCAGGAGCUUCAGAAGAGUGCAGAAGCAACAGCUAAAGAAUUAAGCACAGCCAAAGCGCAGCUGUCGAAAAUGGCAGAGGUGGAGAAGGGACUUCAGGCGCAGCUGAAAGAGCUGAGUAACCAGUUGAAGCAGUCUCAGGACGCGCUAAAGGAGAAGGAAAAGGACAUCCAGCAGGUCCAGACACAGCUAAAGACAACCCAAGGAUCUUUUAGUGAGGAAGUAAAGAAACUGCAGAGCCAAGUGACAGAUCUGCAGACCGCUGAAACAAAGAAGGUGGAGGAGUUGACUAAGUUGAAAGAACAGAUGACUGGGCUGUCUGAACAGCUGAGUUCAGAGAAAAGCCGCAGUGCCGAGCUUCAGAAAACCUGUGACAGCACCAAGGCGAGCUUGGACAAACUACAGUCUGAUUAUUAUGGCAAGGAAUCUGAAGUCUCUGCUCUGCGCCAGGACCUCAAGGUACGUGAGGAGAAGCUGACACUGACUCAGGAGGAACUGGUGGCCAGCACCAACCAGCUGAACAGUCGUGAGGCCCAAAUCCAGGAGCUGAAAAUAGGACAAGAAGCACUGAAGAAAGAUUUAAAGAAGAGAGAUGAGAAACUCAGACAGCAGGAGGAGGCGCUACGAGAACUCCAGAAGCAGCAGGAGCUGAUGCAAGAAGAACUAAAGAAGGAGCGUUCUCAGGUGGAGGAGCUGAGGGAGGCUCAGAGUGGGCUAGAGAAAGAGCGGCGCAGGCUAAGUGCUGAACUCAAAUCUCUGGCAGGCAAGAGUGAGAAGGAGCUAAAAGACCUGCAGGCAGCGAAACAGCUCUUGCUUCAGCAGAAAGUAGAUCUACAGGGCCGAGUGGAAGCGAUCCAGGCAGCACUGGAGCAGGAAAAGAAAGAGCAUCAGAACACCCGCGAGUCCAUCACACAAUUGCAACAGCAACAAAAAGCAGAGACGGACAAACUACAUAAACAACUGGUAUUAGAAGCAAAGGCUAAAGAGGAGGUGGAGAAGCGCAAGGAGGAGUCUGAGGCAAAGCUCACAAUGCAGGUUUCUGCACUAAAUGAAAACGUUGCCACUCUGAAGCGAGAGUGGCAGAGCAGUCAGCGCCGUGUGAGCGAGCUAGAGAAACAGACAGAUGAAUUGCGUGGAGAGAUCGCUGUGCUUGAGGCCACUGUGCAGAACAACCAAGAUGAGAGACGUGCCCUGCUUGAGAGGUGUGUGAAGGAUGAAGGCGAGAUAGAAAAGCUGCAAGCCAAAGUGGUGGAGAUGAGGAGAAAACUAGAUGACACCACAGCAGCUAUGCAGGAGCUUGGCCGAGAAAAUCAGUCCUUACAGAUAAAGCAGUCACAGACCCUCACACGGAAGUGGGCAGAGGAUCACGAGGUGCAGAACUGCAUGUCCUGUGGGAAAGGAUUCUCUGUUACCAUCCGGAAGCACCACUGUCGUCACUGCGGGAACAUCUUUUGUGCUGAGUGCUCAGCCAAGAAUGCCCUUACACCGUCCUCUAAGAAGCCAGUGCGGGUAUGUGAGGCCUGCUACGAGGAGCUGCAGGGCUAAUAGGCCUCACCUUGCCUGCUGCUCUGCCACACACUCGCCACAGACUCUUCCUGCACAGGACAGCAGCUUUCCCAGACCCUGGGAGCAGGAGCAGGAGUGGCAUGGUGGCAGAGCUGCAGGAAUAAAUGGACAGGCCUUCUUUGAUCUGCUCACUGGACAUGAGGUGGCCUCAGAGAGAGAGAGAGAGAGAGAGAGUGAAUGGAGAAUCACAGCAGUCCUCACCCGAGCAGUGCCUUGGUCACCUCUAGGUCCAUUUGGGGUUCCAAAGAAUCUAAAAGGGAAAGUGGUGCAGCAUUUUAAAGUGUUCAUUUCUAAUGGAAUGUGUUUUGGAUGAGAUUUCUGACAUGCUCUGUGUUUUGGGUACCAGGGUGGAAGAUUUGUACCUCAAGCUUUUUUCUCUUCUGAACAAAGCAGUAGUGAAUCUGCCAGAGUGGCAUCCAGACUUGAGAGAGGUUAGCACAGGCUCCAUGGACAGGUCAGUUUAAGCGAGAAGAAAGCACAGAGCUAUGAAAAAUCUCAUCGAAAACUAACAACACUUUUCCAGCCGACAGUGUGGUACGGCAUUGUUCAAGUACUAAUCUGAAUCUGGAAUUCUCUGCAGCUGACUUAAGUACUAUUAUCCAUUGCCUUAUGGUGCUUGUAAAAUAGUAGGAGUUAACCAUGGGCUGCUGAUCGUUUCCCCUGCAAUGCUAGUGUUAAUGAUAAACAUUAAUAACAGCAGCAGGAAUGCAAAAGCUUCGCUCUCAUUUAACAUUUACUUUGGUUUGAUGUGAAGAAACAGAAACAGCAGACACUAUUACUGAAGAUUGCUGUACCAUACAGACUUGUAGAAAAGCCAGCUCUAUUUUAUUGAUUCGAAUGACGACACGUGACCUUUCUCUAACAGCUACAUUGGAUUUCCACAUUAGUGAUCUGCUUGAUUUAUCCAUAAUUCACUGAUUUAGUACCCUGGCAAGAAGGGUAACCAAAUCCAGUACUUGUACAGUGCGUUAAACGAAGUCUUCUUGCUUUAGCAUAACUAAACAUUUUCCAUGUUACCACCUGGAAUAAUAGCCAAUAGAACCAACAGCCAGUAAUAUUUAAUUGGGAUAAAAAUCAGUUUGUCAAAUUUUUUUCCCAAACAUUUCGUGUAUGACGUAUAAUCCCAAUUUAAUUCUGUUUCAGGUCCAAGUAACACUACAGAUUGUGUAUUUCUAGAGUGUUAAUAUUUAUGCAAUGCACUGUACAUAGUUCCAGCAGAGUUUACCUGGCAGUGGGAAUCACAGGUUUGUUAGUACACUAUGCGGUACCACGCUGUCCCUGGGAAAGCACUAUUUGGUCUUUUUCCAACUUGGUUAUCAUUAAUUCAGGCAUGUUUUAUUAAAUGGUGUCUAUGUAUCGUACAUGCUCACUAUGCUGCUCAUGUUUCCAUUUGAUUUAACAACAACCACAAAAAAAAAAAGAACAUUUUUACAUUGUUUUUAUUAUAUUUUCAAAUCGGUGCAUUUGAGCAGUAUUUUGCAAAUUCUGUUCAUUUUGAUUUUUCUGACAUGAGUUAAUUGCACAUGUGUGUGUGUGCCCUGCUACUAAGCAAUAAUUGUGAUUAUGUGGCUAUAAUUCAGUGUGUGCGCGUGUGUGAAUCUGUGUAUGUAAGAGAUUUCUAUAUAAAUGCUAUAUUGAUUGUAUAAAACAUUGGCUGCUAGAGCACUUCUGAAAGCGUACCGUCAGUGUUUGUGCAGCGUUAUCAUUCAGGCCUCAGCAUUCUGCCAUCACUCUACCUGCGUCUUAUCUAGAACAUCUCUUUCUUUCUCCCCAUCGGGUGUGAAAAGUGUCACGCGUGACAUGAGAAAAAGGACAUCAGCAUCAAACAUGGAUGCAAUCAGUUACACUUUCUGUCAGAGUACGGAUUCGGCUGUGAAAACAGCUGAAUCUUUGGCACGGGUGCUUGUGCAAAGGUAUCGUGCAGAUCGUACCUGCUGUAUAGUAAUCGUCAGCACUGUCACCUGUGAGAUAUCUUUAUUGUAAUGCACCUUUCCUCUACACGUUUGCUUCAGCAUUGAGGCUGUACUGUUAAAAAUGCACAUUUACAGUCAAACACGCAGCAGUGUCGUGGAAUAAAACACACAAACGCACCAAAAUCAUAUCAACAUCAUCAGUGUAAAUUCAAGACAUUGCUUUCUUUCUGUAUUUAUGUCACCUACCUCCAGAUUGUGCGUGUGUUUUUCCUCUCUGAAUAUUUGUUUUACUCUAAAACCAACCCUCCAUAGUUUCAUAAACACUAUGGCGUCUCAAGUGCACGUGUUGGUUACUAUAAAUACAUCAAGAAAGUUGCCAGAGAUCUGAUUGUUAAUCAUUUUAGGAGUAACACUACACUGCAGUAGAGUCGGUUAUGUUGCUUGUUGUGCAUGAGCUGUGAACUGGCGAAGUCACACUUCUCAUCUGAACAACGGGCUGUUCCUGUUGUGAUCAUGUGUUUGUGCCUUAAGUCUUGCUUUCUUAGCAGCUCGGUCACAUGGGCUUGAGCUGAAAGGCUUUACACUCGUACAUAACUGUUCACUGUCGGGAUGACCACUCUGGUGGAUAUUAAAACGUGUCACAUUGGUUUAUGGAUAUAAUUUAUGUCAAGAUGUUUGUUUUCUAAUUUUUCAUCGAUAUGUUCGAGUAAAUAAACUAGGUGUUUCUAUUUUCAUUUGUGCUUUAUGUCUGUUAGAGCUGCACAAUAUGAGAUCAUGGCAUAUCGCAUCUCUACACUUCACUGAGAUUACUACAGGGAUUGUUAGAAUUAUUUAAUUGGUUUUCGAAAAUUCAGAUUUGCCUCAUUAAUAUGUAAUGGUAGAUAUUAAAUAUAUUAUUAUUAUAAAUGCA